AUGGCUUCUAGACCUCCUCUAUCGCCCCCGGUAAAUGAGACGGAGCACUCCGUCAGCCGGAUCACUCGUGAGGGGAAGAAGCUUACAUACAAGCUUACUGUGAUGCAACAACCCGAGCGGGCAAGAGCAUGCGGUGCAGGCGCCAAAUCUUCUGCCGACCGUCGUCCGGUUGAUCCUCCGCCUGUGGUUGAGCUGCGGAUUUUCGAAUCGGAUCCCAGCGACGACACGCUUUGUACGGACAUCACCUUCGCUUAUAACGCCAACUUCUUCCUCUACGCCACAUUAGACAACGCACGUUCAAUGGCACAGGGUAGACUUGCUCCAGCUCCAACAUUCCCCGUCCUCACAGGCGUGCCCGUGGCAGGAGUGGCAUAUCUUGAUCGCCCUUUUCCGGCGGGAUUCUUCAUCUUCCCGGAUUUAUCGGUGCGUCACGAAGGACUUUACCGGCUGAGCUUCCAUCUUUACGAGGAGACCAAGGAAAGCAAGGAUGCGGACGAGGGAGCGCCGAUCCCGUCACCAAUGCUGAAGACGAACCCAUUAAAGCCGAUGACACCAAAGUCGUUCCUCGAAUUUCGCCUCGAGGUUGUGUCAGUCCCAUUCACAGUUUUCAGCGCGAAGAAGUUCCCGGGUCUAACACAAAGCACACAUCUGAGUCGGAUCAUUGCGGAGCAGGGCUGCCGUGUCCGUAUUCGGCGCGAUGUCCGUAUGAGACGUCGCGGAGACAAGGGAUCUGAUGACUACGAUUAUGACGAGGAUAGGAUGAUGAGCAGCCGGCGUGAUCGCUACCUCUCGGACCAUGGAAAAUGA